GUUAGGGUUAUUAGAUCUUGCCGGUUACUUAUAAAUGUGCGCAAUGCGGCAUGAUUGUUGAUCGUAUGUCAAAAACUGAUCAACAGUUAAAAGCAUUGUUCAUUAGUAUGUUAAUAAUGAUUAACAAUAUGAUGUCGAGCGAUACACGAUAUUGUAUAAUGUAUUUUUAUUUCACAAUAUCGUUCGUCAUUUAUGAUUGUAUAAGAAAAAAUGUUGCUUUACUCAUACAAUGUUUAUCUUACUUUUAUAAUAUUACGAUUAUAGAUAGAUAAUAGUUUUCUAAGAGUUCAAAAAGAUAUACUUUAUGUAGUUUACCGGACUACCAUUAUUAAUCUUUCUUUUAAUACUUACAUUUGUUUAAUUUCAAUAAGGAUAGAUGUUAUCUUAUAUCUGUCCAGAUGUAUUAUUUGCCAAUAAUUUCCAAAUAUUUUAAUUAUCUAAUAAAAAAUCUGUUGGAUAUGUAUGACCUAUCAGAAAGAUGACGGCUGAUUUUGAGAAGGAUAUUACUCAUUGCUUAAUUUGUAAUAGUAAAGUUGGAGUUUCUACUAGAAGCAGUAUACGUAUAUUUAAUGAAACUUCUGUUACUACUUCAGAAAAGCCUCUUGUGGAUAUUAUAUGUACAGUUUUAGAAAUAAAUAUUAAUGAGGAAAAUGCUCAUUCACUCGUUAUAUGUAAAAAAUGCUACAAAUUAUUUAAUGAGGUUGAUGAAUUAGAAAAUAGGCUACUUGAGAUAAAACAAGAAUUAUAUAAUAAUUAUCAAAAAACUAUUACUAAAAUAUCUGACCUAUCCAAAAAUGAAGAGGAAUAUACUGAUCAUGAUUACAUAAAUAAUAUAGAAAAUCAGACUAUGGAAAUUGAACUAAAAGAUGAGGAAAUCCCGGAUCCAUCAAAUUACAAAGAAAGUGAGAGAGAGUUUGAAGUAGUUGAAGAGAUAAUGGAAGAAAGGGAUGAAACAGAAGAGUCAGAAAACAUGUUUGUUGGAGUAGAAGCCAUAAAUGAGUCAAAAAAUGAACACGAAAAAAAAAGAUUGAAGAAAGUUAAAUCUAAUGUAAAAGAUGAAACUUCUCAGGAACAGAUUGUCGUUAGAGAUGGAGUUAUGUAUACUUGCUUACUAUGUACAGAUGAGGAAGAAAAAGCAGUAGCUGAUGCAAAAACUAUUAUAGCACAUAUGAAAAAUGUACAUGACACACGUUUAUACAUUUGUGAUAUAUGUGGAGAUGAUUUCAAAAAAAGAAAUGAAUUAUCUCUUCACCUUGAUGAACACGUUGCAAAGGAGGAAGGUGAUUUUCAAUGUGAAAUAUGUAACAGAAUCUUUAGUAAUUUACGAUUAUUUAGAAUCCAUAAGAGAAUUCACUAUCCACAAGUGAAAUCAUGGCCUUGCGAAACCUGUGGUAAAAGAUACAGCUCCAGGAAUCUUUUGGAAGAACAUAUUAACACACAUACUGGAGUACGCCCGUACGUUUGUGAGACUUGUGGGAAAGAUUUCGCAUCUAAGUAUACAUAUAAAGCUCAUAUAAAAACACAUCAGAUACGUCCGCGGCCAUUUGAGUGCUCACAAUGUAAUAAAACAUUUUUGAGUCAACAAAAUCUUAAUCAACAUGAAAGAACUCAUAAUGGUGUUAAAGAUUACGUAUGCCAUCAGUGUGGUAAGGCAUUUGGAUCACCGCAUAACUUAGAAGUACAUAAUAUUGUACAUACUGGAUAUAAACCAUAUAUAUGCAGAAUGUGUGGGAAGGCAUUUGCUCGGAAAGCAGAAAUAAGAGAUCAUGAACGCACUCACACAGGAGAAAAGCCUUAUCAAUGCGAAUUCUGUGGGGCUACUUUUAGUCAAAGAUCCAAUCUACAAUCUCAUAAACGUGCUACACAUUACAAUGAUAAAAGAUACAAAUGUGAUGAUUGUGGUAAAGGAUUUAAAAGAAGAAGACUUCUAGAUUAUCAUAUAAAAGCAGCUCAUACGGGUGAAAGACCUUAUAAGUGUGAUAUAUGCACAGCAACUUUUGUUUAUCCUGAACAUUUCAAAAAACAUAUGCGCAUUCACACUGGUGAAAAGCCAUAUUUGUGUGAGGUAUGUGGGAAAGCAUUCAAUAGUAGAGAUAAUAGAAAUGCACAUCGAUUUAUACAUAGUGACAAAAAGCCUUAUGAAUGUUUAGUAUGUGGUAUGGGCUUUAUGAGAAAACCUUUGUUGUAUGCUCAUAUGCAAACUCAGGGGCACUUAAAUGAUACAAUUGUUGUAAAUCAACCACGUUUAACUACAGAAGAUGAUCAAGUAAUAACAAUUCCAGAUGGUAAUGUAGAGUUGUUAAUGGACGAGACAGAAAAUAAUCAACUGGAAGAAACAGAGUUAUAUGUCACCGAAUUGAAAGACCAUGUUAUCAUACAACAUCAAAAUGAAAAUCAAAUAUAUAACGAAGAAAGUGUUUUGAAUAUGCCUGCAGAAGAGAAUGUCGUAGAAGAAGUUGAUCAAAUAACGGUCGAUCAACAGAUAAACUUUUCUGAAAGAGAUGCUAUAGAAUGUAAAAAUGAAGAUACAGAUCAAGUAGAAGAAGUAUACACUUAUAACGAUAGCGAAGAAGGGGAAACAGUUGUACCGAAUCCUGCUGAGUAUAAAGAAAUUGUAGAAGAGAAAAAAAAUGCUGUAAGAUUGGUACAAAUACGAUUUCCAACAUCUGUAUCUGAAGAAGGUAGAAGUUGGCUGAGCUUAGUACAAAAUACAUGAAAACUUAUUUAAUUAUCGCUUUAUAUUAUAAUUUACUGAUCAUUAAAUGCAUACUUCUACCAGUAAAUUGAUUUCAUACAUAACUAAUUUACUUCUAUCAGAUACAAAUAAGUUUUAUUUUAUACUUAUAUAUAAUAUCACACACAUAAUAAAUCUUAUAAACAUGAUCUAUAUCACUGAUAAUAUGUGGUAUAAGAUUAAUAUAUUUAUAGAGAAAUAUCAUUAAAAGUAAUUUCAAUUAGAGAGUAAGUGCAUGGAACAUGUUGUUCAUGUAACUACUAAGUGAUUUUGUAACAUUGAGCAACAAAUGUAUAAGUAAAACAAUGUAUUAAAAUAUAUAAUAUAAGUAAAUCUUUCAGCAUGUUAAAA